GCAGGAAUUGGCACGUUUGACCUCGGCAGGGGCAGCAGAAGCAUCCAGGGAUUGUCCUGGCACCCUCCAGAGCUGACAGAAAGUUGUGUUUGGAAGAGUUUCCCCAGAAAAACCCGUGUGCUUCUCACGUUUCAGCUCCAGGAGGGAUUUGUGCAUCGCUGCUGUCCCAAAUCCACGUCCCUGAGCUGCUGCUGUGCUCUUUUCCUUGCAGAAAUGUCUCCUCAGCGGGCUGUGGCUCCUGUCCCGCCGUUAUCCCAUCCCUGCCUUCCCCAGGAGCCUGCACAGGAUCAGCAGCCCUGCCCUGGCCUCCCCCCAGUCCAGAUGCUACUCCUCGGGAGGAAGGAAGGGAUUCAUCUCAGGUUUUGUGGAGAACAUCAAACAGGAAUUAGCCAAAAACAAAGAGAUGAAGGAAAGCAUCAAAAAAUUCCGAGACGAGGCGAAGAAGCUGGAGGAGUCGGACGCGCUGCGGGAAGCGAGGAGGAAAUAUAAAACCAUUGAAUCUGAAACAGUGAAGACCUCAGAAGUGAUUAAAAAGAAACUUGAAGAAAUAACAGGGACGGUUAAAGAGAGCUUGGACGAGGUCAGCAGGAGCGACCUGGGCAGGAAGAUCAAGGAGGGCGUGGAGGAAGCGGCCAAAACGGCCAAGCAGUCGGCAGAGUCGGUGACCAGGGGAGGGGAGAAGCUGGGCAGGACUGCAGCCUUCAAAGCCAUCUCGGAGGCCAUGGGCAUGGUGCUGCAUAAAGACUCCAAGUGGUACCAGCAGUGGAAAGAUUUCAAGGACAACAACGUGGUUUUCAACAUUUGCUCCCUCCUGGGCCCGCUGCCAGCACCCCACGGAGCUGUUUUUGCAGGGGGAUUGUUCUCCAAGACGGAAAUGUCCGAGGUGCUGACGGAGAUCCUGAGGGUGGAUCCCUCCUUUGACAAGGAUCGCUUCCUGAAGCAGUGCGAGCGGGACAUCAUCCCCAACGUCCUGGAGGCUCUGAUCUCCGGAGAGCUCGACAUCCUCAAGGACUGGUGCUAUGAGGCCACCUACAGCCAGCUGGCCCAUCCCAUCCAGCAGGCCAAGGCCCUGGGGCUCCAGUUCCAUUCCAGGAUCCUGGACAUCGACAACAUCGACCUGGCCAUGGGGAAGAUGAUGGAGCAGGGCCCGGUGCUGAUCAUCACCUUCCAGGCACAGGUGGUGAUGGUGAUCAAGAACCACAAAGGGGAGGUGGUGGAGGGAGACCCGGACAAGGUGCUGCGGAUGCUCUACGUGUGGGCCCUGUGCCGGGACCAGGACGAGCUGAACCCCUACAUGGCCUGGAGGCUGCUGGACAUCUCCUCCUCCAGCACGGAGCAGGUGCUCUGAGCACGGCCCUGCCCCUGCGAGCGGCUCCAGCCCGGGAUCACCACGGGGAGCAGCCCAGGCCGGGGGUCCCGCGACAGCUCCGGCUUUUCCCGGUCCCUGAGGAGCGGGGGAACGUCUGGGAUGAGCUGUGGCCGUGCUGAGUCCUCGGGAGGCUCCUGGGAUCGCACAGAGCUCACUCCUCCAGGGGCUCUGGGCUGCCAAUCUCCCGUCCAGCCUCGUGUCCCUGCCGUGUCUUGCACUUUCCCAAACCAAAUACAACCAGGGCUUCGCACGUGGAGGUGUCGGAUGCUCGGGCUGGUGCUGGGGUGGGGCUGAUGUUGGAAUAGCCAGGGUGGGAUUUGUUUCUCCAGGGCUUGGCAGGGGGAACGUUGUUGGUUCUGGCCGCAGCUGUGUCCCUGGGGAGGGCAGAGGCUGCGGGGCAGGACGGGAGGAGCACAGGGGGUGUCUGAGCAGUGGGGCUGCUUUGGGAACACCCAGGUUUUCUGUCCUCAUUCCCAGGAGGAAUGCUGUGCUCCUUGCUCUGCUCCCUGGGCCUGCCUGCUCCUCAUCCCUGCGCAGAUCCCAGGUCCAGGAGCAGGAGCUUCCCCACUUUGCUGCUCGUGGGGUGAAAUCCAGCCCAGAUCUAAAGAAUGGACUUUGCAAAUCCCAGAUCAUGAAAAAAAUCCCCCAAAUUCAGGUUCCAGUGGCAGCUCAGGACCCUCCUUCCUGAGCUCCCUCCCAGCCCGAGGAGGAGCAGGAGCUGCGGGGUUUGGGCUUCUCCUGCAGGAGUUUGGGGAGCUGAGCCAGGCCUGACCCCUGUCCAUGGAAAGGGAGGGUGGGAAAAGGUUUGGGACAGGAAAUCCGAGGAUUGCUGUGGUGCUGAGGGUGAGGCAGGACAGCUCUGCCGUGAUUAAAGAGAAUAAUUCCA